AGUAUGCGGCCUUGAGGUCUAGACAAGAAGUUCAAGUGAAGAGUCGUCACGAACACGAAAAUACUGUCUCAUGCUUCCUCGUAUCACCCCCCGUAUCUCCUCAGUCACUCGACGAACGAUGAGUUCUUGUGCAGCUGGCUUUGAGAAUGCAUCUGAACAGCGUACACCCAUCGACCUUCAGAUUCACGGAGAAAUUCCUUCAUGGCUGAGUGGUGUUCUUUAUCGAACGGGUCCUGGUGUUACUCGCAUCCCGACUGCCUCAGAUCCAUCCAAGACGGUCGAUAUCAACCACUGGUUCGAUGGUCUUGCUCUACACCAUCGCUUUGAGAUCUUCCCCGGCGGUCAACGCGUCUCAUACCGCUCUCGAAAAGGCUCGGAGGAUCUUGAGCGAGAGAUCUCCGAAACUGGAAGCUACCCUGGUUUCUCGUUCGGACAGCAGGCGGACCCAUGCGAGAGCAUCUUCCGCAAGUUCUUCACCGUAUUCAAGACGCUUCGCGGUGGAGCAACGGAGAUGACCCCGGCAGGUAUCAACGCCUCUGUGACCAUGACGCCUAACAUGCCUGGGUGGGAACACCACACUUCUCUUCCCGCUCCUUCCCCCUCUUCCUCUGGCCCUCGCUAUCUCGUCGCGAAGACCGAUGCAGAUAUUCUCCAGCUCCUCGAUCCCACCACUCUCGAACCACUCGCCGCGUCGCGCUACCAGGAUCUUAAUCCAGCACUCGACGGACAACUCUCUGCGGCGCAUUCCUGCCGCGAUCACUCUACCGGAGACUUCUAUAAUUACUCGUGCAAACUCGGAGGGCGGUUCCCAACAUACAAGAUCUUCCGGAUUGGCGGGAAGGAUGGAAAGGUGGACGUUUUAGCCGAAGUCAAGGACGCGCCUGCUUCGUACAUCCAUUCCUUCGCGAUGACGGACCGCUUCGUUAUCUUGUGCGUUUGGCAGGCCCACAUAACUCAGUAUGGAAUGUCCAUCAUCUGGAACAAGAACGUAGCCGAGUCCAUCGAUCAGAAAUGGAAUCCAAAGGCGGAUACCCUUUUCUAUGUCGUUGACCGCCACAAUGGUGGCGUUGUGGCGAAGUACAAGACUCCGCCCUUCUUCUGUUUCCACCACCUCAACGCCUUUGACGACCCCUCCACCGGCGAUAUUGUCAUCGACAUGUCCGUCUACCCGGACAACUCCGUCAUCAACCUCCUCGCCCUCGACAAACUCCGCAACCUGAACAACGAUAACCACAUGCUCAUGGGUCGUGCUCGUCGUUUCCGUCUUUCAUCCCCCACCACUCCUUCUACUGCUCCUACCGCCCGUGACGCCACCAUUGACUUCACGCUCCCCCAAUCUUCGAGUAUCGAGCUCCCCACUGUCGCUCCUUCCGUCUACCACAAACCUUACCGCUACGUCUACGGCAUGAACAAACUCGAUCCGAAGCACCACCAUACCUUCGCCGACGGUCUCAUCAAGCUCGACAUGUCCGCCUCCGCGGCCGAUUCCCCCGUUGCGAAGACGUGGCGCAAGGAGAAUCAUACUCCCUCUGAGCCGAUUUUCGUUCCGAGACCGGGAGCGGCGGAGGAGGAUGACGGGGUGCUGUUGAGUGUGGUGUUGGAUGAGGUGAAAGGGAAGAGUAGUAUGGUCGUUGUGGAUGCGAAAGAGAUGAAGGAGGUGGGGAGGGCGGAGAUGGAGGGGGUCUUCCCGGUUGGGUUCCAUGGUGUGUUCAGUGCGAAUGAGAAGAAGGCUCAGUUGUAGAAGGGGGAGCUUAUGGACAACGAUCGUUUCUCUGACUUUAUUGGUUUACUACAACGUAUCUUACAAACUACGAACGAUUAUGUUACACGUAUUCUACACCAAGCAAUCACAUUUUCUAAUCGAGACCGCG